AUGGGGCGAACCGACUGCUACAACUGCGGCCAGCCCGGCCACAUCUCCCGCGAGUGCUCGAACGCCGCUGCCCCCAAGAAGUGCUACAACUGCGGUGACUCCGGCCACAUCUCGCGCGAAUGCCCCCAGAACCCGAACGCGGGUGCCGGCGGCUUCGGCGGUCAGGGUGCUGGCUUCGGCGGCGCCGGUGCCGGUGUCUGCUACCGCUGCGGCCAGCCCGGCCACAUCUCGCGCGCCUGCCCCCAGAACUUCGCUGGUGCCGGUGCCGGCUUUGGCGGUGGAUUCGGCGGCGGAUUCGGCGGACCCGGCUACGGCGCCAAGACGUGCUACUCGUGCGGCGGUGUCGGCCACCUCUCGCGCGAGUGCGUCAACCCCUCCAAGUGCUUCAACUGCGGACAGCAGGGACACAUCUCGCGCGACUGCACCCAGCCCCCCGGCCAGAAGUCGUGCUACAACUGCGGCGAGACCGGCCACAUCUCGCGCGACUGCCCCACCGCCGGCGGCGCCGCUCCCUCCGCUUAA